AUGCAGUUCUUCACCGUCGCCUCUGCUCUCUUCGCUGCUGCCCUCGCAGCCCCCGCUCCCCAGACAACCGGCUGCCCCAACCCAGCACACUGCGGCGGCUCGGCCCCCGACCCAUCCAAGUACGAGAACAUUAACAUCAGCGAGUUCUACCUCCGCAAGAACGACGGCAUCCAGAAAGCUGGCUUCAAGCUCUCUGGCAACAACGUCACUGAUAUCGCCUGCGAGAUUGGCACUGUCCCCAGCCUGCCCUCCGAGGUCGUUACCUGCGGCACCAGCGACUACCGCUUCGGCCUUGUCCAGGGUCAGGAGUCCGACUACGGUCUUGCUAUCUACCAUCAGACUAGCCCUUUCGCGGGCAAGUACUCCACUGGCGAUGUUCCCACUUACUGCCACGCUGGUGGUAACGGCCCCAACGACUUCGUCUGCUCCCAGGUCAACGCCCUGACCAUCGUCAUCACU